AUGAAGCCGCAAGUCGAGGAGAUAGAGGAUGAUUUUGCGGCAGAGGAGGAGAACAAGUUGAUCAAUGAGAAGAAUGCGCCAUAUCUCUAUGACCUCGUUAUCACGCACGCGCUCGACUGGCCCAGCUUGACUUGUCAAUGGUUCCCCGACAAAGAAUCUCCACCCAACAAGCCCUAUUCCAUCCACCGCCUCCUCCUUGGGACCCAUACCUCCGGCCAAGCACAAGACUACCUCCAAAUUGCUACCGUCUCAAUCCCCAAGCGUGACAACUCCCCAGGCUCCGACAAGUUGGACCGCAGUGACUACGAUGACGAGCGUGGUGAGCUCGGAGGUCACACAAUCCCAUCUGCGCCCCGCAUCCAGGUUAUUCAGAGGAUCAACCAUGCCGGGGAGGUCAACCGAGCGCGAUACAUGCCUCAGAAUCCUGAUUUGAUCGCGACCAAGGCCGUGACGGGAGAGGUGUUGGUAUUUGAUCGUACGAAACAUUCGAGCGAGCCUGAAAGAGGUGGGGUGUGUAAACCCGAUAUACGACUGGUGGGACAGACAAAGGAAGGUUUUGGUUUGGCCUGGAACCCAGUCAAGGCUGGUAACGUGCUUGGCGCCUCUGAGGACAUGACCGUUUGCCACUGGGAUGUAAACUCAUAUCAAAAGGGACAGUCAACAAUCCAACCGACCGCAGUCUACAAGGGCCAUACUUCCGUUGUCGGAGACGUAGACUGGCAUGCGACAAAGGAAACUGUAUUUGCCAGCGUUGGCGACGAUAAGAUGCUUAUGCUGUGGGAUACGAGGACACCCGCAGAACCAACAACCAAAAUACAAGCCCAUGACCGUGAAAUUCUGGCAGUAUCAUUCAGUCCGGCAAGCGAGCACCUACUGGUUACAGGGAGCGCUGAUAAAACCGUAGUACUCCACGACACGCGAAACCCGACGAAAAAACUGCAUACAUUUGAAUCUCAUACAGAUGACGUUCUACAUCUCGCCUGGUCGCCACACAGCCCUACAAUUUUUGCUUCCGCUUCCAGCGACCGCCGUAUAAACAUCUGGGACUUAUCCUUGAUAGGUUCUGAACAGACACCCGAUGACCAAGAGGAUGGACCGCCCGAGCUGUUGUUCAUCCACGGAGAGGACAACGUGGUCAUGGUCUGGCAGCCGACCAUGCGAGUGUGGGCUGAGAAGGAACUGGAAAGCGACGCUAUGGAGGGUAUCGAGGAAAGUGCUGCGAGUGGGUCCAAGGCGAAGGCUAGCGGAAGUAUGAGCAGCAAGAGCAUGAGUGUCAGCCCCACCAGCGACUGA